GAUGCAAGGGUGCGUUGUGAGGCAUUCCAAUCCCUGCUGACACUUGCUGAGCGAGGGCAGACACUCAGUGUAGAUCUUUAUCAGCAAGUGUGCCCUGCUCUGUCAGAUGACUAUGAGAUUGUGCGCGAAGUGGCUCUGAAGUUAGUGUGGUUGCUGGGGAACAAGUAUCCAGAACACUUGACAACUCUUCAAGACGGCGAGACGACACUACGCCUGGUGGACGACGCGUUCAUUCGCAUCUGCUCCGCGGUCAACGACCUGUGCAUGGCGGUGCGCGCGCUAGCGUGUUCGCUGCUGGGUGCCGCGCGCUUCGUGUCCGACCGGUUCCUGCUGCAAACGCUGGACAAGCAGCUCAUGAGUAAUAUGAAGAAGAAACGCACGGCUCACGAACGCGGCGCGGAAUUAGUGCGGUCGGGCGCUUGGGCCAGCGGGCGGCGCUGGGCGGACGACGCGCCGGGACAACUGGUGGAGCAGGACGACGUGCAGCUGCUGCCCGGCGGCGCGGCCGGCGCCUUCGUGCACGGGCUCGAGGACGAGCUCAUGGGUGAGCGGCGUGACUAA